CACCCCACCGCCACCGGCCGGUGGUGGCCAUGCGCUAGCUGACUAGCUCCAUGCGGAUAAGCCGCUUGUGGCCGCCUCGCCCUCCCCGUCGCAACCACCACCCAAUCACCAACCCCCGCUUAUAUACCCACUGGCCACUCGCCGCCUCACGAAAUCGGAGAGGCCAUCAGAGCUGCGGCGCAUCCUGCAUUUCUUUCCACCAGGACCAGAUCGUGGCUGCGAGAAGCUCCAGCUGCCUAGCUAGCUAGCUACCAUGGCGUCGGUGGGCUUUGGCAGCACCGUGGCGCCCGUCGCGCCGGCGUCGUCUUCGGCCGCGGGCAGGAGCCGGGCGCGGCGGUCCGUGCUGGCCGUGCCGGCCGCCACGAGGGGCAGCCCCGCGCCGGCCAAGGAGGAGAAGAGCCUCGUCGACUUCAUCUUCGGCGCCAUCUUCAAGAAGGACCAGCUCGUGGAGACGGACCCGCUCCUCAACAAGGUCGACGGCGCGCCGCCCCGGGGCGGCACCACGGCCGGCGGCAAGAAAGCUGCCGCCAGCGACGACGGCGUCAGCGGUUUGGGGUUCAACAUCGGCGGCCUCUUCGACAGGAAAGGCUGAUCGAGUGAUUUCUCAAACUCGAAGCUGGAUCGAUUUGCUUUGGAAAAAUUGAUUGCGCAUAUAUACGUGUGGUGUGAGGUGGCUCCGAUCCCCCUUUCAAAACUCAAGUGAUUCCUUUUUCUAUGUCAUAAUGUGAUAUACUACUUGAUACUUCACGCAGCAGCAGCAUUUCUUGUUCUUUUUA